AUGGUCCUGCCUUCUUUCGCUAGGCAUCUAGAUUGGAUAUUCGGACCACGGGGCAUCUCUUCUCUGGAAGUUGUGGCAUUCGGGGAUUUCGCUCACGGUCGAAACGGUUGGGCAUUGCACAAUCUAUUCGUCUGCCGCCAACCAGGAAAGAGGUACCGCGUCUUUGACGCCAGGGAUAAGAUCAAUAGAUACGAGUGGAUCGACACGGCGCACAAGUAUAAGAGCUUUCUCGAGUCUUGUCCUAUUGGGCCUCUGGUAGACAGUCUCGAGGAUCGUACGCUGAAAUGGUGGAGGUUCUAG